AUGUUGGAGCCCGAGGCGGUGCACGAGCAUGCCAAGGCGGAGAAGAAGAAGGGGGAUGAAGAAUACCUCAAGGCCGCCUUUGCCACCGCGGUCAUGCACUACACGCGCGCCAUCGCCCUCACUCACGGUCGACAUCCGGCCUUCAUCGAGUUUGCCAAGGCUGAGGAAGACAGCAAGGUCGCGCUCAAGCUCGAUGGCCGUUACCUUCGAGCAUACGCGUUCGAGGACUUCGAGCGAGCGUCCAAGCUCGAACCGGGCAACACCUUUCUUCGCGAGAAGAUACAAAAGGCCAAGGAGACCAUCGCUGCGAUUGCGCAGAAGAAGAAGGACUCCACAGCCAAGAACAUAAAAGUGAACAAAGGCGUGCUCGAUUGGAUGGGGGACACAUCGCUAGUUGGCCUGGACGUUGAGGCACAACCAUCAAAGAAAGGAGAAAGAGGCACAAAUGGAGUCCUGCCGCCUCAGUCUGGUGAUACCAAUUUGCGACCACCGGCGAGCGUGAACGACGUUCCUCUCCUGGUGCCAGUCGGCGAGGCGUUGGACGCCUACAUUCCAGACCUGGAGACCCUCACGCGUCGGGAAGCCGAAGAGCAGGCCAUGCGCGAGAAGGAGUUGGGUAACGACGCCUUCGUGAACGCUCAAUACCUGGUGGCUCUGGUCCACUACUCGCGCGCCAUCAAGCUCUUCCCCGAAGAAGCGGUGUUCUUUUCCAACAGGGCCCUGGUGUAUCUCAAGCUGAACCGAUUCUACGAGUCAAUCACCGACUGCACGGCCUCCAUUGAUCGCAAGCCCUCCAUCAAGGCCUUCGCCCGACGGGCGGCUGCGUGGGUGGCGCUGAAGGAGUACAUCCUGGCCGCCGACGACUAUCGCAAAGCGCUUCGCUUCGAACCUAAAAAUCAGGAUUGCUUGGACAAGCUGGGCCGAUGCCUCAUGCACAUCGAAGAGGAGUACAUGCGCAAGCUCCAGUCGAACCCCAGCAACGACAAACUGAAGAAGGACCUCCAAAAGCUGCGCGACGACAUUCGCAAAAUUGGAAGCGCGCUGGAGGGCAAGCAGACCACGAUCGACAAGGCGGCACAGUACUACUACCACACCCAAGCCAACUUCACCGCUCCUCCUGUCACCUCCACGUGA